AGUCAGCUGUCGGCAGAAAAAUAUUUCUGGAAUAACAAAAACAGACAAAAUUACCCGUAUCCGAACCGAGUCGUUAUUCCAACACCAAACAUGAACUGGCACAAGGGCAACAUUGCGGAGGCCGUGGCGGCAUCAAAGGCCAAGGGCGCCGUGUUUGUCGUCUUCAUCGAGGGCCAGGACGAAAUGACCCGAAAACUAGAGCGGUUCGUGGAUGACAGUCAGGUGCGCUCCCGCCUGGAAACCUCCGAUUUUGUCGCCAUCAAAGUCCAGGGAAAUAGCUCCGCCUACGGACAGUUCAUGUCGUUAUACAAAAUCGUGCCAAUUCCCUCGCUCUUCUUUAUUGGCAAAACGGGUACACCUCUGGAGAUAGCCACUGGGGUUACGGCCAGCGUAGAUGAACUGACGGAAAAGAUCGAUAAGGUUCUGAUCCUGGCGGGAAAACGAACCGAGCCUGUGGCAGCCAGCAGCUCUUCAUGUGCGAAGACACUUGACCCCAAUGAAGUCAGGAGCUUCGCCGGAGCAGAUGGCUCAAGCAGCACUGGGGAAUCUCAAGUAGUUCAAACAGCAUCAGAAAACUUUAGAGAUCCUGAAACCACCUCAGUUUCAAACUCACCAACUGGAGGUGUGGAGGAGGCCAAGACGAAUCCACCAAAUUCUCCUGUAGCAGCCAGCUUGGCAUCUAUACCCGCUGCUGUAUCAACCUCCAGUUUGGAAGGAAAAUCAGGAUCAGAGGCAGAGGCUGCUUCUCCCACCGCUUUGGCGGCCGAAAAGAGAGCAGCAGCGAGCAAAGUGGAGGGUUCAGCUACCACAUCCGGGGCAGCUGCUCGGAAUUUUGCCACUAAUAAUCUUAUACCGGCUGUGCCGCUAAUGACACCUGCUGUCCCAGUUCCAACACAACGACCGCUCGAAGCCCAGGACAACACCGAAUCCGAGGAAAGGUUGGCCGAAGUCAGGAACAUUCUGGAGCAAAAGCGAAAGGAGCGUGUGGAGGAGGAGAAACGUAUGGAGAAGGAGAACGAGCUGAGACGACGCAGGGACGGAAGGGAGGCACAGAGCCAACAGGCAAGGGCCAAGGAGCAGGAGCUCAAGAAUAUGCAGGAACAGAUUAAGCGUGAGCGUCAGGAGGAGCUGGCGGCCAGGGAGCGCAUUCGUGCCCAAAUUGCAGCCGAUCGGGCAGAGCAGGCACAACGUUUUAAUACGCCGGACAUUAGCAGCACGACCAAUUCGGUGGCGGCCACCGCUGCCUCCAACGUGAUCACAACAGACGCCUCGGUGAGUUCGGUGGACGAGACGAGGCUGCAGAUCCGACUACCCGGUGGCAUUCAGCGCACCAAAUCCUUUCCAGCCGGCGAGGUGCUGGCUACCGUUCGUGUCUACGUGCGAAACGAGAUGCUGGCGGCGAGCGAUGUACGCGACUUUACCCUGGCUACCAGUUACCCACGAAGGGAGUUCCAAACGGAGGACGAGGUCAAGACCCUGAACGAGCUAAAUCUAGUGCCCAAUGCGGUGGUUCUGGUGCUGACCAAGGAGCAAGUGAAUCGUGUGGUUCAAAGCGGUGGCUCCCUGAUGACCAUGCUGGGCACCGUAAUUUGGGCUUUGCUCACACCGGCGGCCAAGGCUUUCGACUACAUAAACAAGAUGGGUCUUCGACCGCUCACCCAGAAGCUGAGCGUGUUCAUGGCCAACUUCCGGUGGCCAGGGCAACGGGCCGGCCUGGAAGUUUACCAGGGCGAUGCUGCUGCCCGUCGCAACAUGGAUAUGUUCUCCCUGCGACCGACACCAGCUCCAGGCUACGAAUACGAUGGUGCUUCAACGGAACAGACUGGCGGAUCAGCGGAGCGGCCCACUCCACAAAAUCAACCGGGACCGGGAAAUACUCCGCCGGCUCAUAACACCAGCCAAGCUUCCGCUUCGCAGUCUCAGCAAUUCCAACAGCGACCCGGUGGCUAUCAGCCGCCAAAAUAUGGUGACUCGAAUAUUCGAAGAUUGCAGGAUACGAAGAAGGAUGAAAAGGAUAAGGACAAGGCAACUUAUAAUGGAAACUCCACGCAGCAGCAAUAGAAUAACGCAAUUCCUUUACAGUAAUCUGUUUGACGACAGUCUAUAGCUAUCGAACUAUGCAAUAACCUGUUAUGCUAAAUUUAAUUAUAUCAAUUCAAUAUUCCAAAAUAUC